GACGAUGGCACUCUUGGGAGGAUCGAGGCGCUGCUCCAACAAUACCACCGGGAGCGCGAAGAGAGGAGACAACGCCGAAGGCGCCGAACGGGGCAACCUUCGGGCAUGGCUUCGAGAGGAGGAAGCCAAGGUGCUUCUAGAGUCCAUGUUGAACCACAUGGAGGCCAAAAUGCUGGAGGUCCAACCGUAAGGAUCUCCAAAUUUAUCAAAGAAGCACGAGAUUUGGGAUGUAAACCGUUUGAUGGAACGGGAGACAUCUCCGUUGCAGCCGAAUGGAUCAAAAGAUUCAACGAGGCGGCCCUUGACAUGCAGCUGCCACCCAUCAUGAAAUUGAGGGUGGCAACAAGAUUGCUCGAAGGCAUGGCGUCCACGUGGUGGGACGGGGUCAAAGGAAAAUACGGCGAAGCCGUCACAUGGGAGAACUUUCGGCAGGAGUUCUUCAACCAAUACUACUCCGACUUCGAGGUAAACAUGAAGAGGAGGGAGUAUACGAACUUGACACAGGGAGGCGCAUGUACGGUGAAGGAACUUGAGCACAAGUUCAGAAAGCUUGCCGAAUUCAUACCGGAGUACAUAUGCGAUGAGAACCGAAUGGUGAACCACUUCUGGGAUGCCUUAGACCUUGACAUACGCGAGAGGGCAACACAAUUGCCUAAUAUGACGUUUAGUCAAGUGGUUGAACAGGGCCUGAAGGGAGAGAAGGAGUGGGAGGAAAGAAAGCGGAGGAACGCCGAGGAGGCGAAGAAGAGAAAGUGGGAAAGCCAUGGCCCACAAGGUUCUAACAAAAAGGGGAACCACGGGGGAGGAGGAUCGUUCAGGGCACCGGCGCCGCCGUCCAAGGGAAACUCGGCUUUCGGCGGGCACAACUCGGGCUCACAAGCCUCGACAGCGCCCAGGUGCCGAAAUUGCAACAGGAGCCACGCCGGUAAGUGUCGUGACCCUCCUCGGUGCUACCAAUGUGGAGACACGGGGCAUCUCAAACCAAAUUGCCCUCAGCUUGGUGGAAACCGAGGGGCGGGAUCUAGCGGCGCUACUACGGCAAGUAGGAGUCGGACCGGAGCACCCCAUGCUAGUACGGGGCAGGGGGGAGCGAGCGCCAGCAACGCGCCGUCCGUGAAUCAAGGAAGGACGCAAGCUAGAGUCUACGCAAUGACCGAGGCCGAUGCUCGGGCCAAUCCCGACUCCGUUGCAGUUUCAGGUCGGGAUUAAAGCUUGCCGCUACCGCCCGUUGCAUCGGAGAAUUUAAGAGAAGAAGACGUGGUUCGUGCUUCUUCUGUUUCUGUUUUGAAAACGAUUUAAACCAUGCUCAUGGAUAUUAAUUUUCCUUAAUAUGUAUUUAGGGCUUGUAUGCCCAUGAUGCCAAAGUGUGGCGUGCACAUUUGUAUUGAACAUUUCCGCUGCUUUAAAUGAUUAUUUUACAUUAUGUUGUUUAUGGA